AUGACCCCAAAAGAUGGCGUAGAUAAAUCGGAGGAAUAUAUCCAGAUAUUUAUUCACUCCUCUGUUCCUGCGGCUCUGGUAAAACUUUAUGUAUCUCUUUCUGUAACUAAGAAACAACCUGCUCAUGAAUGUAUUCAUCAAUUUGUAGAUUCAGGUAAGACACUUUUCGUCAACCCUGUAACCGUAUAUAGGCUGUUUGCUCCUAUAUUGUUUGAGUUCUGUAAGAUUCUUAGAGGGGCUGUGGGUGUUGAUGAUGCAUUGUAUAUAUUUUGCCGGAGUAGUUUAGCUGCAAUGAUGGAGUGGUAUGUCCAUAAUGUCAAGUAUGUGUUAAGAUUGCAUGAUGUUUUCCCUUUUGUUCAUGAGAUGACAACAAGGUUAUCGUGUGCUUUAGAAUUGAGUGUGCAAUCGACUGAGUUUAUAGAGUUAUCAAAAAGCAAUGUGCACGAGUUUAUUAAGUUUAUGCAUCUGGUAAAGAGUGCAAUACGGCAUCAAGAAGCAUUCGACAUUCUGGUCAGUUUCCCUUCCUUGAUGCAAGGUGGAGCAGGAAAUGAAAGAUUGGAGAUUGAAGGCGUGCAUCGUGGUUUUUUGGACUUGCUGGAAAAAUUAGAGUUAUGUCUAAAGAAACUGGAAAGCCAGUUGGGUUUGAUAAACAAAGAAAGAGGUGAGCCUAUUGUAAGCUGUUGGUCCCAGUAUCUUUUGAUUCUAAAGAAGUUAGAAAGCAUUUCAAAGUUGUAUAAGGGUUUGGAGGAAAUGUUUUGGGAGAAGAUGAGGCAAAGAAGGGUUGAAUUGUGCUUUCUGAUAGUUAGACUGUCAAAAAAGUCUAUAGAUUAUCAGUGGAUUAUUGAGCACAAGGAGGUAACACAUUUUAAGAUAAGGCAACGUUUUGCCUUGAAGAUGCUUCGAGAAGGGAGGCACAAGAACGAGGAGUUUUACGAGAUGCUCAUUUGCAGGUCUCGUUUUUUUGAAGAAUCAUUUGAGUACAUUGGACAUGCGAGUCCUAGGUCGCUGCGAGGCCAGUUAUUUAUGCAAUUUGAGAAUGAAGAAGCUACGGGGCCUGGUGUGUUGAGGGAGUAG